AUGUUUGAUUCCGAAUCCGAAUCACGAUUACAAAAAGAAGAAUCACGUCAUAAUUUUUCUUCUACAUCAAGUCAACGUGGUCCUACUACUUGUGCUCUAGGUCAUAUAAUUGAUUAUACAAAACCAGAUAUAACUAUAUUAUGUGACAUAUAUGUAGUACUUAAACGUCGAGAUUUACUUAUACAACGUAUGCAACGUUUAAGAAUAUCUGAAGAAUCUUAUUUGAAAUAUGUUAAAACUAUUAAUGAUGCAUUUCAAAUUAUAAAACGAACUAUUGAACCUUAUUAUUAUGAAGAUAAUUCAUGUAUAUAUGAUAAUCGUGAAGCAUCGAAUGUUAUAAGUUUUACACCACGUAAUCGAAUGUUUCUUAGUAUUGGUAUGUAUACUAAUCAAAAUAAACAAUAUAAGCCUGAUAUGGACGAUACAAUGAGAUUUAUUGAUUGUUUCGCAUUUCAUUUAAUUUUCGGUGGUAAAGAAAAAUUUUCUUAUAUUGGUUUAUUUGAUGGUUAUAAUGGAAAAGCGGCUAGUACAUUAUGUCGAGAACAUCUUCAUGAAGCUAUUCUAAUGGAAAUGUCUAAAUUAAUAAAAGAUAUAAAUAUUUCCGAAGCUGAGCAAGCUCUUAUCAAUCGUCUUUAUACACGUAUGGUUGAUCCAAACAGUGAAUAUUUUAAUAUAAAAAAUAUUGAUGAUGUAUAUCGUUUGGUUUAUAUAAAAAUGGAUCAUCUUUUAUUACGUGGUAUUCAUGAAACAUCAAGUGUUCGUUGGAGUGGUACAUCAACAUUUACAGCUGUUGUUGUAGUUAAUGAUAAAAUUGAAGAUUUUUUUCAUUUUUUUAAAGAAAAUGUUGAAGCAUUAGGUAUUCAAGCUGGUGAAGUUGUUUUAAUGUCUCAAAAACAUACAUCAAUAAAUAAACGUGAACGUGAAAGAAUAUUAGAAACAGGUGUAAAAAUAAGUGAAAAUGAUUUAAUUGCUGGAAUACAUGAAACAACACGUGGAUUAGGUAAUCAUGAUGAUAAAGAUAUAAAAAAAUGUGUUAUCAAUUCACCUUAUUAUUGGACAUAUGAAAUUGAUCCAUCAUUAGAAUGCAUCAUAAUAGCUACAGAAGGUCUUUGGCAAGUUCUUCAAUAUGAUAUUGUUGCUGAUAUUGUUAUACAAUGUUUACCAGCACAUCAUAUGCCAGCACCUAGUCGUAUGGAAACAGUACUUCAAUCUGUACUUGAAAGAUAUGGAACAGUAACACAUACCCUUUAUUUAACAAAUGAUGAUGAUACGAUAGCUGAUUGUAGAAAUGAAAUGUUAUAUUUAAUUGAAGAAGAAAAUCAAUUUAAAAUAUGGAAACCUUUAUUAGCUCAACAUUGUCUUCGUCUUGAAUGA